CUGAGAGAGAGAGAGAGAGCAGCAGCUACACCAUCCACGCGGUCACGGAGAAGGAGAAGACACCAUAAACACCUGGCUCUAUAAACAGGACAUUCCCGACAUUUUCGUCCUUCUUUCCUACGUGGUAAACCGUACUGUUUCACCUUUCAGUCCUCUCAGUAGAGCAUAAAUAAGAUUUGAAGUGGAGGAGAACGGUCAAUAAAUGAAGACUUUGGGUCAGUUCUACUGUGGCACCAUCCUGGUCACCAUUCUCUAAUCCAUGAUGGAGGAGACCACUGAUAAUUCUCUUGGAUCGCUGGCCAGUGAUGACUCUUAUGUGAUGGCCAAACACUCAGCCAUUUACCCGUCAGCCGAAGAGCUGGAGGCUGUCCAGUCUCUGGUGUCAGUUGUGGAGGGAGGCCUAAAGCAGGUUUCAGACUGGCUAACUAAUUCUGCAAAGGCUAGUGUUGUUAUAUGUAAGGACCUGGCAGAACCCAACUCAAAGUGUGGUGGGCCGUUGGUUGGCGUGGUGCGUGUCGGAUCAGUGGCCAAGGGCCUCCUGAUCAAGGGGAUAAUGGACUUGGAGCUGGUCUUGCUGUGCCGAGAGAAACCCACCGGAAAGCUGCUUCUCACAAUCUGCACAAACCUGCCACUGCAGAUGAAGAAAUUGACAGAGGACAGCUACACAGUGCAGCCAUGCAUUCCAGAGGCAGCUAUUCUGGUAUUCAAAAGCAGCAGACCUGAUCUGCCUCUCAGGGUCACCCUCACCUCAAUGGAGAUGAAAAGCAAAGAGCCAGAGAAAGGCCAAGUGGAAAACACAAAAGCAAAAGAUUCGUCUGAUCUGCUGGACCAGCAGAGAUGCCUCCUUGCUCUGACCUCUCUGCGACAUGCCAAAUGGUUCCAGGUCAGGGUAAGUGGUAAGAAGUCCUGUCUCAUAGUUCUGAGGAUCCUCAGGGACAUAUGUAUCAAGAGGCCAGCCUGGGAACCUCUCAAAGGAUGGCCUUUGGAGCUGAUCUGUGAGAAGGCCGUUGCCACAAGUUACAGGCCACUGGGGCCCAGUGAGGCUCUCCGAAGGGUCUUGGGUUGCAUAUCCUCAGGCAUACUGCUGCCAGGUGGACCUGGAUUGCGUGAUCCAUGUGAAAAAGAGCAAGUAGACACUUUAUCAGGCAUGUCAAGCGAUCAAGCUGAGCUUCUUACGCACACUGCACAGCACGCGUUACGGCUCUUAGCUUUCGGCCAGAUUCACAAGUUCCUCCAGAUGGAUCCUCUUCCUUCAGCUAAACCCGCUGUGGAACAAAAAUUAGCAGAAGCAGGGAUGUCUCAGAAAAGGCUUAGUGAGGAUGAAACGAUGGAGGAACCAAGGAGCAAGAGGACAAACAGUACUAAUGUAGGCUCGUUGUCUGCUGAGGACAAAUCAGAUGGUAAGAGGAAAGUGGAGACUUUCUCCAAAAGUUCCAGCAACAAUCGCACAAAGAGCUCUUCCUUAGCCAAGGGUAAAAGUCAGGGUCCUGUCCUCACAUCUAGGGGCAAAAACCCAGUAAUGGAGCUGAAUGAGAAGAGGAGAGGGCUUUCAUAUGACUUAAUCACUGAGAAUGGAGAGAGCCAACAACAGCGCUUCAUCAUUGAGGUGCAAGUGGAUGGACUGAGGUUCAGAGGAUGUGGGCCAAAUAAAAAAGUGGCAAAGGCAAACGCAGCACUGGCAGCGAUAGAAAGACUCUUCUCAGCACACAGUACAAACAGCAACAAGAAGAAGAGGUCCUACCCAAAGGCAAAUCCAGCCACGAAUGGCUUUCAUCGAGGGAAAAGGGGUAUUACAAUGCCCAGGCCAGUGCUUCCUCUCCUUCCUCCAGCCCCUGCGUACUUUACCCCAGGCUAUGCUCCUUAUGCUUAUGGACCAGUUGUCCCCCAGCCGUACGGUGGUCUGUACUUCGACAGUCCUGUUUGCCCUCCGCAGACCAUCGCUCCUGUUUUUAUUCACCUGGGUCCACAAGAUUUCUACCCCGAUUUUUACAUUUAAUCUCCUGGCCACACUGGCCUAUAUGGUCUGACUGGGCAACUUAGAACAGGGUCAUCCUCGGGUGCUGAGGAAACUCUCACUGAUCGAUUUAGCAUGGGUCAGUUUGUCAUCUGUUGAGCAAGAAUGUAGUUUGCAUUCACACCAAACUUACAUGGUCUUUGCAAACAGAUGCAUUUCUCAUAGUAGAUGCACAGUAAGCAAUAUCGUAUCAGGACUAUUAUUAGCAAUAAUGGACUGUGUGCACUGCUGAUAGAAUAGAGAUGGUAUUUCAUGAUGCUGCUGGUUUUGAAGUCCACAGAUGUCCAACGUGGAAUGUAUAUUUGUAUUUGAAAUGUUUUUAGAAUACUGUAUUUAUACUAGGAGUAAAUGCACAUAAGAUUGAGCUGCAAUGUGAUUUGUUUCUAAGAAACUGUAUAUUCAGUCUUUGGUCUUAUUCAUGACAUACUGCUACACAUAGGCCAGUUAGAAAAGCCAAUACUACAGUAUAAGCAUUAGGGUACUAUAAAACAAAAUAAUUCUAUACAUAUUACAGCAUUUUAUGGUAACCCUACAAUCUUUUCUAUGACAUAAUGAUGUUUGGAAUAUAAGUUGUGGCUUUGUGAUUUGCUGUUCAUAGCUGUUUGUGUGCACAGAAUAACUGUAAGCUGUAUAAAUGAUGCCAGAUUAUUCCAUGCAAUUAAAUAUCCAGUCUCAACAUCA